CAAUUUUGCACACCAAUCACCAUUUUCUAUCUCAAGAAAAGAAAAAAGAAAAACACAACUUGAAGACCAAGAAAAAAAACAAGAGCCAAGAACAGGCAGAGAUGAAGCUAGUUUGGUCCCCAGAGACAGCCUCAAAAGCUUAUAUUGACACUGUCAAAUCUUGUGAACUUUUCCAAGAAUCAAGCGUAGCAGAGCUCAUUUCAGCCAUGGCUGGAGGGUGGAACGCGAGCUUAAUCGUCGAAACAUGGUCACGGGGUGGAGCGAUUGCAACGAGCAUCGGACUGGCUGUUGCGAGCCGGCACACUGGUGGGAGACACGUAUGCAUGGUCCCGGACGAAGACUCGAGGUCUGAGUACAUUGAAGCAAUGGAAAAGGCUAAUAAUAAUAUUUUGCCUGAAGUUGUUGUAGGCGAGCCAGAGGACGUGAUGGGAGGGUUGAUGGGUAUAGAUUUCUUGGUGGUGGAUCGUAGGAGAAAUGACUUCGCGAGAAUAUUUAGAGUAGCAAAAUUAGGUCAAAGGGGCAGUGUUUUGGUGUGCAAGAAUGCUAGCUCGAAAGCAGCAUCGAGUUUUCGAUGGCGCGCUGUUCUUGAUGGCGGAUCAGGCCAGCUCGUGCGCGCCGUGUUUUUACCGGUAGGGAAGGGAUUGGACAUCGCUCAUGUAGCGGGGAGUUCUGGUUCGGGCAAGAGUGAAAGACGAUGGAUCAAGCAGAUUGAUCAGCAAUCAGGAGAGGAGUACGUUAUUAGGAAGCGAAACAAGUAGUAACAUGCCCCCUUCAAGACUGUUUGGUUGAGGGAGAUGGCCAAAAUCAAGGCUAGGGUUCAAGGAUGAGCACUCUCUAUCAAUCGUCACCUAGGGAGUGUAAUUUUUAUACUACAAUUUUUUCCCCCUUUUUUGAUUCAGUAUGUAUAUUAUUAAGUUUUCCAUUAGUAAUUUUUUAAUUCCUUCUUCCUGUAGUUUGACAUAUUAGGAUCUGUAACGUCUAAUGAAUAUGAAGCAGAAAUCAUGUCAUUUACACAA